AGCCAGUGACACCCUCAUCCCAUUGGGCGGUGUAGACAGUGGUGGGCUGUAGGGGACAGUGUUGGGACGGGUUUUCCGUGUUCACACAAUUCGCUUUCUAAACCCAAAACUUGCAGACGGCUCAGAAACAACAUAAUGAUUAACCUGUGAAGGCGACCGUAAAUACUUCAACCGGAUACCGAACGACCAAGUAACAGAUCCGGCAGGUGGGAUUUCAGGCAGAAAAAUACAUUUAAGAUUUAAUGGUGAUGAUGCUAAUUUUUAGAAGACAGUAAGGACACAAUCCUGUGACAAUGAACAAUAAUCACUAUAACAGUUCCCUGGGUAUCGGUACAGGCAACACCAUACACUCCUACCCACUCACCUUGGAGCAAAAAACUGCAUUUGCUUUUGUGGGUAUGUUAUUCAUUUUCCUGGGACUUCUCAUUGUGCGAUGUUUCCGAAUCCUCCUGGACCCUUACAGCAGUAUGUCAUCCUUAACAUGGGCAGAUGGGAUGGAUGGACUAGAGAAGGGCACCUUCGAGUAUGCCCUGGCAUGAAGUCAGCAGGAAUGUCUUGGAGCUCUGGACCAAGUCUCUAUGUUGGGGUAUAAGUGCAUAGACCUCCAAUGGUGGCACUGAGGGGCCUGUGGAAAGAUGUUGGCACUAUCAAACAGUUGAUGUGCCAAGGACUUGCCAUCCCUGCUUGGUUGAAGUGACAUGUUCUACUGCAGAUUUAAUUAAUAAUUGUACACACCAUAGUGUCAAAAUAUCAGAAUCUGUAACAACAAAGAUCUUCCUUUCGGGUUUGAUAGUUGGCUGCAGAGUGUUGUUGAAUGAUUUGGUUCAGGAGAGAUGUUUAUUCUAAAUUGUUCUACGUCAUGAAUGACCAGGUACAGUUUUAUAAAUGAGGACAUUGGGAGUGUUUUAACAUAUGAAAUUUGCAUUAUAGAUCAGCUAAAUUCUAGGGCCUGAGUAACAUUAUCUGGACAUAUGGUGAUGACCAUAGCAAGUUAUAUUAUGUUAAUUAAGUUAUGAAUCCAAGUAAUUGUGGGUUAGACACUGCCAGCUGUACUACAGCAUAUUCUGUGUGCAGAUAUUUGUAAGCUGAUUAAUCAGCUGUAUGUAAUCCAGUAUUUCAA